CUAAGAGUAGCAUAGGAAACCAGUUGUACUAAAUUAACUAAAGAAAAGCAAGAAGAAAUUUAAUGUUUGUCUCCUGUAGAGCUUAGUUAUUACAGUAAUAGCAAUGUCUAAACGUAAAAAGAGCGCAGCUUUGAUAGACUCAGAUAGUGACGAAAGUGGAAGCGGCGGCGAAGAUUUAGAUGAAGGUCUUCGUGCUUUAGUGAAGAGGAGAAGAGCCAGCUCAGAAUCUCACUCAGAUGCCAAGGCUAAAGCAAGUGCUGCACAAAGUGACUCAGACUCUGAGACCUCUAACAGUGAUGAUGAUUGGACAGUUAAUGGUAAAAAUGGUGCCAAAAAGAAAAAAACUAAGAAAAAGGUUACUAAAAAGUUGACAGCUUUGUCUUCCUCUGAUGGUGAGGGUGAAGAAGAGGCAAAGAAAUCAGAGUCUGAGCCUGAAGAAGGUGAAGUCUCAGAUUCAGGAAGUGAUGACUCUGACUCAGAUGAAGAUAAAUUUCAUGAUGGUUAUGACGAGAAUCUUAUUGGAGAUGAUGAAGAUAAAAAACGACUUGAGGCCAUGACAGAGAAAGAAAGAGAGCAGGAGCUUUUUAAUCGAAUGGAGCGUCGUGCUGCAUUGAAAAAAAGAUUUGAAAUCCAAAAGAAACUAAAGAAAGCCAAAAAAGAACAGAAGAAAAACAAACCAUUUUCAGAUCAAAGUCUUCCCACUGUCAGUGAAAGAAGCAAAGAACGACGUAAACACAUUGAACAACGCAAAGACAACAAAAAAACAUCAGCUUUCCUUGACUUAAAAGCAAAGAGAGAAGAGCAGAAGAAGAAAGCUGAACAGAUUCAGGCACAAAAGAAGAUUAAGGCCAGUGACAUAUACAGUGAUGAUGAUGACGAUGAUAACAGUAGUGAAGAUGAUAAAAGUGAUAAAGAAGAGCGUAAAAAAGAAACAAAGGAGCGUGAAAGAGAGAGAGAGAGGGAAAGAGAGCGAGAGAGGGAUAGAGAAAGAGAGAGAGAUAGAGAUAGAGAUCGUGGGAGAGAUGUUGAUGCUCGAGAUUCAAGUUCUGAAGCUAGUGACAGGUCUUCAUCCAGAUCAGAAUCAGAAGAGGAAGUUAGUCGACCAAAGAAUAAGAGAAUAAAGUACAUAACAAAUAAAGAGGAGUUGAGUAGAAUACGAUUGUCAAGAAAUAAAGUGGAAAGGUGGUGUCAUAUGCCAUAUUUUAAAAAGGUUGUCUUAGGCUGUUUUGUACGAAUAGGCAUUGGAAAUCAUGAAGGAAGGCCUGUUUAUAGGGUAGCUGAAAUUGUUGAUGUUGUAGAGACUGCAAAAGUUUACCAAUUGGGUAAAACAAGAACAAAUAAAGGACUUAAAUUGAAACAUGGAGGUGCUGAACGGGUAUAUCGACUUGAAUUUGUUUCUAACCAAGACUUCACAGACACAGAGUUUAACAAAUGGAAAGAAACAAUGGAACUUGGUCACCAUCAGUUACCCACACUUGAUGAUAUCUCUAGAAAGGAAGAUGACAUCAAGCAGGCAUUUGAAUACAAGAUCAAAGACAAGGAUAUAGAAGAGAUUGUUGCAGAAAAGCAAAAAUUUAGGAAAAACCCACAUAACUAUGCUGUACGAAAAGCAUCAUUAAUGAAAUCUAAGGAACAAGCAGAUCUGGAUGGUAAUCAAGAGCAGUCAUUAAAACUAGCCCAAGAACUUGAAGACCUAGAAGAACGAGCGACAGAGCUUGACAGGCGACGUACUUCAAAUAUUAACUCAAUUAGUUACAUCAACCAGAGAAAUCGUGAUAGAAAUUUAGUGGAAGCAGAGAAUGCACUGAAAGCUGAAGUUGCGGAGAUGAGAAAUGCUACAGCUGAUCCUUUUACUAGGAGACAUUGUAGACCUACAUUAGUUACAAGGACCCAUGAAACCAAAAGUGGCAAAAAGCCAGAAGAGAUAGCCAAAGAGAAGGUAUCAAUGCCACCACCAGACAGUCUUAGCAUUUCAUUGCCAGUAAUAAAAUCUAUUCAUGAUACAUCCAUUGAUAAAACUGAUGGUUCAGAGCGGAGAUUAUCUGAAGAUCUAUUUGCUGUUCAUGAUUUUGAUAUAAAAAUAGAUUUAGAUGUCCCAUCUGGAGGUACCCAAGUAGUUGUUCCCACCACACCUCUACACACACCCAGAGAAGCAGCCCCUCGUAGGUCUCUAAACCUAGAAGAUUACAAGAAAAGAAGGGGACUAAUGUAGUAUUAAAUUUAUGACAUUUAAAUUUGAUGACAAAACAGUUUUGCACUGAUAACUUCAGUCUUACACCAGUUCCCCUAUCAAAGAUCUGUUGGCUGUGUGCUGUUCCGUCAGUAGAUAGAUGUGUGGUGCACAUCACUAUUCCAUUAGGGCAGAUCUUACAGAAGGCUAGAUGUGAGACGGAUGUAGAAACUAGGUUGUCUUGUUUCAUAAUGCAAACUUUAUCCAUUUAAAUGUAAAUGAUGUGUUCCUAGGUCAUGUGUUUAGGAUUUAAAUAUUCUUAUUGUAUUCAUUAACACCCAAUGAAAUGUAUACAUUUAGUAAUGUAAAGACUAUUUUUAUAAAGCAACACAAUUUAAUAAAAUUGUUUUAGCAUCCAUAUUAAUGUAAUAUAGGGAACAGUUGUUUCUCUGGAUGUGACAGAUUACAUACUUAGAAAAUAAGUUGUAUUUUGAUUUAAAUUAAAAACCAUAACAAGGAAGUUUUUUGUUUACUUAAUAUGGACAUUCGGUAUUUCAAAACAUCAUAUUUUUCAUUACAUUGCCAUCUAAAUGAAUUUGAAUGAGCUUGUAUUUUCUCUCCCAUGUACAUAAACAUUGCAUUGUUCAUGUCUAUAACCCAUACACUUAGUCAAUAAGCCACUCAUUUCUUGUCUCAGUGUGUCAUAUUGUAAAAAUUGUCUACAUGUGAAAUGAUAUUUAUGUAAUUAUUUUUACAAAACAUUAAAUGACAUGAAAAUUU